UCUCAAAAAUAAAAAAAAUUAAAAAAAAUUUUUUUAAAUGAAACCGUACAAAUUCUAGACGAAGAUACAGAUGAAUUUUUCUUUAAUUCUGGCAUAAGGAAAGGCUAACUAUAACUUGAAAUUCAGAGACAAUAAAAGAUUGAUAAAUCUGACUCAUAAAAUAAUGUUUUUAAUUUGCAUGAAUCCUGAAGCAGAGGAGCAGCAGCAGCCAGCCUGGACCCCUUCACCUCCUCCUGCCCCAGAAUUUGGUGUUCACCUGGCAGAGCUGACCGUAGACCCCCAGGGAGCACUGGCAAUCCGUCAGCUGGCGUCAGUCAUUUUGAAGCAAUAUGUGGAAACUCACUGGUGUGCCCAGUCAGAGAAGUUUAGGCCUCCUGAAACUACAGAAAGGGCAAAAAUUGUUAUCCGGGAGCUAUUGCCCAAUGGGUUGAGAGAAUCAAUAAGUAAGGUGCGCUCCAGUGUGGCCUAUGCAGUGUCAGCCAUUGCCCACUGGGACUGGCCUGAAGCCUGGCCCCAGCUCUUCAACCUGCUCAUGGAGAUGUUGGUGAGCGGAGAUUUAAAUGCAGUCCAUGGAGCCAUGAGAGUGCUGACAGAAUUCACUCGAGAAGUAACAGACACACAGAUGCCACUCGUCGCUCCUGUCAUUCUCCCGGAGAUGUAUAAGAUCUUCACUAUGGCCGAGGUGUAUGGUAUUCGAACCCGUUCCCGAGCUGUGGAGAUUUUUACCACUUGUGCCCAUAUGAUCUGUAACAUGGAGGAACUGGAAAAGGGUGCAGCCAAAGUUCUGAUCUUUCCUGUGGUACAGCAAUUCACAGAGGCUUUUGUCCAGGCCCUCCAGAUACCAGAUGGUCCCACAUCUGACAGUGGGUUUAAGAUGGAAGUCCUAAAGGCAGUGACAGCCCUGGUAAAAAACUUCCCAAAGCACAUGGUGUCCUCCAUGCAACAGAUUCUGCCUAUUGUCUGGAACACCCUAACUGAGAGUGCAGCUUUUUAUGUGAGGACAGAAGUAAAUUACACAGAAGAAGUAGAAGAUCCUGUGGAUUCUGAUGGUGAAGUCCUGGGCUUUGAAAAUCUCGUCUUUAGCAUUUUUGAGUUUGUCCAUGCUCUUCUAGAAAAUAGCAAAUUCAAAAGCACUGUUAAGAAAGCCUUGCCUGAGUUGAUUUACUAUAUAAUCCUGUACAUGCAAAUCACUGAGGAACAGAUUAAAGUAUGGACAGCCAACCCCCAGCAGUUUGUAGAAGAUGAAGAUGAUGAUACUUUCUCCUAUACUGUUAGGAUUGCAGCUCAAGACCUAUUGCUUGCUGUGGCCACUGAUUUCCAGAAUGAGAGUGCAGCGGCCCUGGCUGCUGCAGCCACUCGGCACUUACAAGAAGCUGAGCAAACCAAAAACAGCGGCACAGAACACUGGUGGAAGAUACAUGAGGCGUGUAUGCUUGCCCUUGGCUCAGUGAAGUCCAUCAUCACUGACAGUGUGAAGAAUGGCAGGAUCCAUUUUGACAUGCAUGGGUUCCUGACCAAUGUCAUCCUUGCAGACCUCAACCUCUCAGUGUCUCCUUUUCUCUUGGGCCGGGCACUUUGGGCUGCCAGUCGGUUCACGGUUGCUAUGUCCCCUGAAUUGAUCCAGCAGUUUCUACAGGCAACAGUUAGUGGUCUUCAUGAGACACAACCCCCAUCAGUUCGUAUUUCUGCUGUGAGAGCCAUCUGGGGUUAUUGUGAUCAACUGAAAGUCUCGGAGAGUACCCACGUGCUUCAGCCCUUCCUCCCCAGUGUCCUGGAUGGCUUAAUUCACCUAGCAGCCCAGUUCAGCUCAGAGGUCCUCAACCUGGUGAUGGAGACCCUAUGCAUCGUUUGUACAGUAGACCCAGAAUUCACAGCAAGCAUGGAAAGCAAAAUCUGCCCAUUCACCAUCGCUAUUUUCCUAAAGUACAGUAACGAUCCUGUCGUCGCCUCGCUGGCUCAAGAUAUCUUCAAGGAGCUGUCUCAGAUUGAAGCCUGUCAGGGCCCAAUGCAGAUGAGGCUGAUUCCCACUCUAGUGAGCAUAAUGCAGGCCCCAGCGGACAAGAUCCCUGCAGGGCUGUGUGCGACUGCCAUUGAUAUCCUGACCACAGUAGUACGGAAUACAAAGCCUCCCCUUUCCCAGCUACUCAUCUGCCAAGCUUUCCCUGCUGUGGCACAGUGCACCCUUCACACAGAUGACAACGCCACUAUGCAGAAUGGUGGAGAGUGCUUGCGGGCUUAUAUAUCAGUGACGCUGGAGCAGGUAGCCCAGUGGCAUGAUGAGCAGGGCCACAAUGGGCUGUGGUACGUGAUGCAAGUGGUGAGCCAGCUCCUGGACCCCCGCACCUCAGAAUUCACUGCCGCCUUUGUGGGUCGCCUCGUCUCCACGCUCAUCUCCAAGGCAGGGCGGGAGCUGGGGGAGAAUCUGGACCAGAUUCUUCGUGCCAUCCUCAGUAAGAUGCAGCAGGCAGAGACGCUCAGUGUCAUGCAGUCCCUGAUCAUGGUGUUCGCUCAUCUGGUGCACACUCAGCUGGAACCGCUCUUGGAGUUCCUGUGCAGCCUCCCGGGACCUACUGGCAAACCUGCCCUGGAGUUUGUGAUGGCUGAGUGGACGAGUCGACAGCAUCUGUUCUAUGGACAAUAUGAGGGCAAAGUCAGCUCUGUGGCACUGUGUAAACUGCUCCAGCAUGGCAUCAAUGCAGAUGACAAACGGCUCCAGGAUAUCCGCGUCAAGGGAGAGGAGAUCUACAGCAUGGAUGAGGGCAUCCGCACCCGCUCUAAGUCAGCCAAAAACCCUGAGCGCUGGACAAACAUUCCUUUACUGGUCAAGAUCUUGAAGCUGAUCAUCAAUGAGCUUUCCAACGUCAUGGAGGCCAAUGCCGCACGCCAGGCCACUCCUGCAGAGUGGGGCCAAGUAGAUGACUCCAACGAUAUGUGGGAGGACCAGGAGGAGGACGAGGAGGAGGAAGAGGAUGGUUUAGCUGGCCAACUCCUAUCUGACAUUCUCGCUACGAGUAAAUAUGAGGAGGAUUACUACGAAGAUGAUGAGGAAGACGAUCCUGAUGCCCUGAAGGAUCCUCUCUAUCAGAUUGACCUGCAGGCCUAUCUCACGGACUUCCUCUGCCAGUUCGCUCAGCAGCCCUGCUACGUAAUGUUCUCAGGCCACCUUAAUGACAACGAGAGGCGGGUUCUGCAUACCAUUGGCAUCUAAAAAAGGGAGACUUUCCAAGUCUGCUCCUCCUGGCCCAGCCACAGAUCAUUUUGCAGCCCUUAACUGGCCUUGAGAUGUACUUUCUUUUCAACCUAGAGUGGCCUCCUGACUCUUGGCCCUUGGCCCGUGCAGAGUGACACUGACAAUUCAGACCAAGGUCACCAGUGCUGUCACUUAGGAAUACUGGAACAAAGGACAUUUCUCAAAAGUCCCUCUGAAGAUACUCCAUCUCUAGAACCUUUUCUCCCCAACUGUGCCCCCGCCUCUGUUCCUACAGUCCUCUGCUGGCCACUCCAGAAACAUAUUGCCCAGAAGGAUUAUGUGUUCAUGGAUUAUUUUGCCCCACCUCAGGAGCACAAGAAGUCACGACCAUUUACCUUCGAAAACAGACCUGUGUGCUUUCAUAGGACAUCUGAUGUGUUCAGAUAGGAAUACCCUUGAGAGAUGAUCAUGCUUUCUACUCUGUGUCACAGAUGCUCCGGGUUUUUCGUAGGAACGAGAGGGAGCAGCCACAGUCUGACCCCUCUCCAGUGACCUCUCCUUGUCUCCCUCCUACAACACUAAGGCUCCCCUGUCACAGGAAGUCCUCUUGUUUUUGCCUCAUUGCAUGACACCACCCCUCCCCCCAAGCUAUUCCUGUGUGUACAUGCACACACAAAAUCAGCCAGGUGGCAAUUUGUUUUUCCUUUUUUAGAAAAAAAAAUGGGGAAAACGUUUUUUUUAAGGUCCACCUAACCCAACUAUAUUUAAUAUUCCUCUCCCACACAUCACCACACAGUCUGAUCUUUAAAGGUUACCCCCUCUCCCUCAGGAAUCCUCUAAAGUGGUUAAGUUGUAGCCCUCAAAUUUGCAAUGUGUAUUUUUCUAGGAGAGUAAAGUAAUCUUUACAAAUGAAUUUAGUCCGCAUGGUA